AUGGCGGUCGUACCAUCGGAAGCGGAAUCCUCCGCAAACAGAAAUCCACUCUCACACAUCUAUUUCGAUUACCUCCGUAAUCGAUUAUCCGCUUUCUAUUUCUUCUCCCCGUCGAAAUUUCUCUCAAAUUUCACUUCUCCCUUCAGAUCAUCCCGCCGUCGAGAAUGUCUCCCUCUCCCCUUACCUUCCACCUUUCUCGACUCUUCUAUGAACAACACUAACGCAUCUAGAGUUCAUGCCGUUUUGAAAGAUGCGUUGGAGCGUGUUUUGACGAACUUGCAUCGCAUUCAAAAGAAUCUUCAGUUUUGGCAAUCCAUAGCUGAGAAAUCAGAUAAUAGGAAAGCUUAUUUCAUGGUUUUUGAGAGAGGUCCUCGUGCUUUUAUUGGCGAGACGGUUAAGUUGUUGCGCGGACGUGCUGUUCAAGAUUCUUCCUUACAGAAUCUAUGUCAAGCUGCAUCUGAUCAUGUUAAUGAGAGAGUAUCUGUUCUCAGUUCCUUAAGAUGUUCAUUGGCGAUAUUCUUGGCUCAGAUUUACGUUGAAGUUGAUAAAGUUGGAGAAGAGUUGUUAACAGAUCCAGAGAAUAAACUUCCAUCAUUGUUGGGUACAAUUAAUGAUUUGUUCUCAACAUUAGAAGCUUCAAUUGGACAUCUACAUGCAACGUGUCAGAGAAAUUCUUCUGUUGAUGGGACUUAUUCAAGUCCCCUGAUGUUUGAGGAGCUGCCAGAAAUAAAUCAGGAUGGGUCCCAAUGGACAGAUUGUGGAAUUAGAGAUGCUAUCAAUUCCAUUUACCAUAAUUUAGACAAGCUGGAAUCUUACAUAUGUUUCCUUGUUGUCAAACAUAGAAAACCAAAGAAAAUAACCCAACACUGGGUCCAGUAUGCAUGUGGUGCCGUUGGUCUCUCAAUAUGUUCCCUUUGGCUCUUACGGCAUAGUAGCUUGAUGGGAAGUUCUGAUCUUGAUAAUUGGAUUCAGGAUGCGAAGGACUCAACAGUUGACUUUUUUACGGAACACAUAGAGAAACCGAUUUUAUCCAUCCGAGAUGAGCUUUUUGAGACGUUCAGGGAGAGGCAUCAAGGUCUUAUGGACCUUGAAGAGGUGCGGUUGACUUCCGACUCGCUACACAGAAUGUUGUUGGCUUUCAGUGAGCAGACAAAGGGUCAGAAAUUUCCAGUGAAUGCCUCAGAUCAGAAAAUGCUCGAGAUAGUCAUGGACAGGUAUGAGAAGGAGCUCAUGCAUCCUAUUCAAAACCUUGUCAGUGGAGAGUUGGCUCGGGCUAUGCUUAUUCAGGUUCAGAAGCUGAAACUGGAUAUUGAGACUGCAAUGCUGGAGCUAAACCAAAUUCUACGUGCAAAUGAAAUCAACUUUGCUGUUUUGGCUGCUUUACCUGCCUUCUUUGUCUCACUUUUACUCAUUAUGUUAAUCCGGGGAUGGUUCAAACGGGAUACAAAAGCUGAGGGAAGAGGUAGAAUUGCUCGGAUUCAAAGGAGGCUACUUGUUGCAGAAGCUGAGGAAAGGAUUAUGCAGUAUCAAAAUUAUGUAGAGCAAGGAUCGGAGAGAGAUGCAAAGUAUACGUUUGGGUUGAUACUUUAUAGCUUGGAUCGUCUAUACAGUGUUGUGAAGAGACACGCCGAAGAUUCUGGAGAGUGGCAGCGUUUGCGACAAGAUAUAAUUAAAUUGGCUAGUCCUCGCCUGCAAACAGACACCAAGCUCACUGUGAUGUCAAACUUGAAGAUCCUCUACGACUGCUUGCUUCCUGUUCUCAAAUCUCGGUAG